UGUGGAAGGAUGGACCCUGAGAACAGCUCUUCCGUGACUGAAUUUAUCCUUGUGGGAUUAACCAAGCAUCCAGAUCUCCAACUCCCCCUCUUCAUCCUGUUUCUAGUAAUGUAUGUGGCAACAGUGGUGGGAAAUGUGGGCUUAUCAACUCUAAUUGGGUUGAAUUCACGCCUUCAUAUCCCCAUGUAUUUUUUCCUCUUUAACUUGUCCUUCAUUGACCUCUGUUACUCUUCUGUGUUUUCACCCAAAAUGUUGGUGAAUUUCAUAGCAGAGAAAAAUUUUAUCUCUUAUAGAGGAUGUAUGACCCAGCUAUACUUUUUCAGUUUCUUUUCCAUUGCUGAGUGCUAUGUGUUGACAGCAAUGGCCUAUGACCGCUAUGUGGCCAUCUGUAACCCACUUCUGUAUAACACGGCCAUGUCCCCCAGAGUGUGUCUCAGCCUUCUGCUUGGCUCCUAUCUGAUGGCGUUUUCUGGUGCCAUGGCCCACACGGGAUGCAUGCUGAGGCUGACCUUCUGUGAUGCAAACACCAUCAACCAUUAUUUCUGUGACAUCCUCCCUGUGAUGCAGCUCUCCUGCACCAGCACCUACAUCAAUGAGUUGGAAGUUCUCAUUGUGGUGGGGAUCAACAUCAUUGUGCCCAGUGUCACCAUCUUUGUCUCUUAUGGUUUCAUCCUUCACAGCAUUUUCCAUAUCAUCUCUUCCAAGGGCAGGUCUAAAACCCUCAGCACCUGCAGCUCCCACAUAAUCACUGUUGCUCUGUUCUUUGGGUCGGGUGCAUUUAUGUACCUUAAACCGUCCUCUACUGGAUCUAUGGAUCAGGGGAAAAUCUCCUCUGUGUUUUAUACCAACACAGUUCCUUUACUAAACCCUUUAAUUUACAGCUUGAGGAACAGUCAUGUUAAACUGGCCCUCAGAGAAACCCUGAACUGGAGACAGUUUUGA